AUGGAAUUCUGGAGAAGGAAGAAGGAGAAGGGCAAGGCGAGAAAGUGGUUUCUAAGAAAUGGAAGCAUGUUUCUUGCGCAACUUAUAGCCGACAGUAACGGCAUGUCAAACCCUAUCAGAAUGUUCUCUUCCUAUCAAAUUUCCAAAGCCAUCAAUCACUUCGAUCCCAAGUAUUCUCUCCCUGAUAUUACAUCACCCUUAGACUGGUACAAGGGAGUCAUCGAAGGCAGAUCUUACUUAAUCAAGAGAUUCACAAGGCAAGUGGGUGGAGAAGAAGAGAGAGCCUACAACGAUAUUGUGUUAUCAGCUCGGGUAAGUAAUCACAUUGGUUUCCUCAAACUCAUUGGUUCUUGUCUCGAAUUUCCUCUUCCGGUGCUGGUAUUUGAAGACCUAGAAUAUAGAGCUUUGAACAUUCGAGGAAGUGUUGGUGCCGAGGACGGGCCAUUGCUGCCUUGGAAUAAUGGGAGGGCUAAGCUCACUGGUUUCUCGCUUGCCGUUACACUCCCUGAGGGUAAGACGUGGAUUAAAGAUAGAUUGGCUGGAACUUUCGGAUACAUAGAUCCUAUUUAUCACUUAACGGAAAUAGUGUCAGAAUACACAGAUGUGUUCACUUUUGGAAUCGUUAUGCUGGUUCUUCUGAUGGGACGACCACAACUUCUAUCAGAUGGGCACACAGUUUUUGGUACUAGUAUUCUUAAACAUGUGAAGGAUCUGCAGGAGAGAGCAGAACCUGUUGAGUUCGGGGGUGGUUCGAACGACAUGAGGCCUGGUCAGAUGAGAAUGUGUCUCGACCUGGCACUUAGAUGCUGUGAGGAGAGGAAUGAAGACAGGCCGAAGAUGAUCUUGGUGGCAAAAGAGAUUAAGUAA